AUGAUGUCGGAUCUGUCGCGUUUCCGUCAGGAGAUCUUCACUUCGCACCUCACUUUCGACCCGAAUCCACAGUCUGUCGAGGCGGCUUCCAAGAACAUGCAGGUAACCGAAAAUGCGGAUUUUGGCACGCAAUGCAAAGUUAUGAGAUGAUCCCUCUCUAGCAGAUUAUUUGCAAAGCUCCGAGUGUCUAACGCUCUUUGCGCAUCUCAUUCUGUCUCCAAACGCACGAAAAUUCGUUUUUAGCAAGUGAAAGAGUCGCUGGACACGUGGCGCGACUCGAUCAAAGAGCGCCUCGACGAGAUUGACCGUCUGUGCAGAGAUGAGCGCGACGCGAUGACGCCGGAGCAGUACGCGGCACUUCGAGAAAUGAGACAUCAGCUCGCCGACGAGUACGAGACGGUGCUCCGAACGGCCGAAGGAAUUCACUCCAGGUAUGGUUUUUCCCCACAAAAUCCGGCAGAAAACUGACCACUUUGAGGGAAAUUGGACCACAAUCAGUGAUCUCUCUUGCUUUCUUUGAAAAUACAAACAAAUUACGAAUAGGCACGGGAAACCCGCAGAAAUUCCGCCAAAACUCACUCUGCUCCUUCGUUUUUCUGGAAAAAAUCAGUGCCAAGCAUGAUAUUGGCGUAGUAUAAUAAAAUGCGGUAUUGACAGGAAAGCGCGAGAAAUAUGAAAUAUGCAAAUGCGAAAUGAUCACUUUCCCACCGCCCUCAUCCCUCUCUCUCUCUCUCUUUUGCCCACUUUUCCGCUCUACAGUUUCCCCGUUUCCUCCGUUCAUUCCGUCACAUUUCCAGAUCGGACACCCCCCUUUCGCUUCAGAGAUAUCAUUGAAAACGGUGGAGACGUAGGACAGAUUGCGUGCAUAGAUAAUAUAUUGUAACUUUGACGAUCUAUGUACGUGUACGGGUACACGAAUGUUUGUUCGUUUAUUAUUAUAUGGACAACAUCUUGUGAUUUCCAUGGCUAGUCGCUUUUUUCUCGAUGUUGAACAGUAGUUUUCUGGGAAUUUUCACAGCAAAAUUGAGUUGGAACGCGUUUUAGCACAAAUUUUGAGGUUUUGUGUCGUUAGAGUACUGUAAAUCUAUGAAAUUGAGUCAUCGAUAGCCGCCCACCUUCCCCUUCCCCUUCUCUUUUCCCUAAUACAUUCUCAAUUUUUGCAGACUCAACAUCCUCUCGGCGCUCCUGAUCGAGUUCUCCUCGCUCACUUCUUCGGCACAAUCGUGGAUGACCGAUCGGACUCGUGCCGCCGGAAACGUUCGCCACAAAUCGGGUGACCCGCACAAAAUUGACGAGACACGCGCGGAAGCACGUGCUCUUCUGGAAGAAGUCGUUCGCGAAGAGUCCCGUCUGAAAACGAUUGGCGCGUCGGUGGUACGCAUCGAGCAGGAAAUCGCGGCGAUGUACGAGGACGUGCGAGCGGCCGGAGCCACGGAAAUGCCCGCCGGCAUCAGUGUGGACGAGGUGCACGAGACGAGGCGACGUGUGGAGGACGACUACGCGCAACUGCUCCGCCAGUGUCAGGACCUGAUCCAAUUCCAAAAUAGAGUGUACGAGAUGAACGACGAGCACGCGGAGCAAGCCCGCAGAGCCGACGAAUGGCUGCACAGUCUGCGCAGGGAGGUGGAGGAGGUGCGGACGGCGCGGGUGCCCGACGAGGACCGCAUUCAACGCAUCGAGGAGCUGAAUCGGAUGGCCGCCGGCGGAUCCGCGCAGUUGGACGACGCCGAGAACGCAUCGAGACGGCUGAUUUCCGCCCUGGAAGGCACCUCGGCCGCCGACGACGUUCGCGCGAGACACGAAGAUGCGGCGAACGAGCGACGCGAUCGACACCGAGAGAUGCUCGAACGCCUGCAGCAAUCAAUGAUGGAGGCGGCGUCGCGGAAAGCGGAAGCGGAAGGUGUCAAGAAGGCGGUGGCGAAUCUGAAGGCGUGGAGUCGGCAGACUGCGGAGAAGACACGGCAGCCGGUGGAACUGCCUCUCAACGAGACGGCUCUUCAAGAAGCCCGAAGAGACGAACAAGUACUGCACGGAGAGAUUGAGAACCGAAUCGCACUUGUCGACGAGCUGGAGCAGAAGGCAAAAGAAGUCGGAGACGAGGAAUCGGUGGCCGAGCUCGAGGAGUGCAGAAAGAAACUGAAGAGGAGCAACUCUGACCUGAAGGGACUUCGCGACAACAUUUUCGACGCGAUCAACGGAUUGCAGACGGUCAAUUCCGAGGGGGAGAAGCUGGCCCGAUCAGUGGACGCAGUGGGCGCGAAGAUUCGCGCAGCCAGUGGAAGAGACGUCGGAAAGAUGCGAGAAGCGGAGGCGGACGUCGAAGCCCUCCAAGGCCAGGCUCAGAAUCUGGAGCAAACCGCCAGAAACCUGUGCUCGAUGCCGAACGUCACUCAAACGGAGCCGGUUAUUGAAAAGUCGAGAGAUCUGCGGAAACGCGUCGAUUCGUGUGCCGAAGAGCUCGAUGUGAAGAGAGGAAAACUCGCGGAACUCGAGAACCUCGACGCCAAAUUUGAGGAGGCCAAACGCAAUUUGAACGAAUGGAUCGCCAAGUACGAGGACGAUUUCAAGGCGCUCGACAAAGUUUCGAUCGUCCCGGAGAAGCUCGGCGAGCAGCGAAAGCAGAUUGGCGCGUUCGCAGAGCGACAAGGUGAAGGUGCGGCGCUGCUCGAUCAGCUGGAGGCUCUGGUGGCCGAGCUGGGCGCUGUGGACGAUCCGCAGACGCUGGUGAAGAGUUCGAAUGCGAUGCGACACGUCGGCGACGCCGGUCAGCGACUCAACAAACAGGCGACCGAUCUGAAGGCGCGCGCCGAGAAGAUAAACAAGAUGGACGAAAAGACGACGUCGUUCGGAGAGGCGGAAGCCGGAAGUUUGGAGUACAUGGAGAGACGGAAAGAGCAGUUGGAGCGGAUGCCGAUCCCCGUCACGAAGGAGGCUGUCAAGACGCAGUUGCUCGACCUGGAACGCAUGGACAAAACGGGACGAGGAGAGCAGAAACGAGUCGAGGAAGCCCGGUUCUUGGCCCGCGAACUCGCAAGGGAAGCAUCGGUGGAGCAGGAGGCGGCCGAGAUGAACCAGCGGGAACGGCGACUAGCCGACAACUGGGACCAGCUCGCCGACGAAUUCGAUGCGGCGAAGGACCGAGCGCGGGCGGCGGAGAAGGUGCUCGACGAGCACGUGCGCAUCGACAAGUGGAUCGGCGACAAGCAGAAGAUGGUGGACGCGAUCGGCGCUCCGAGCACCGAGCCGGCCGACGUGAAGAAGCAGAAGGGACAGUUGGAGCUGACGAAGGCGGAGACCGAAUCGGAGAAGGCCUCGUUGGAGCACGUGAACGGACUGGCGAACGAGCUGAUGGCGGGCGCCGGCAAGGAGAACGUGCAGGAACUGAUGAAGAAGAUGGACGCGCUCAAUCGGCGAUGGCAUUCACUCGAAAGCGGACUGGAGGAUAAGGCCGGACGCAUCGAAGAGGCGGCCAAGCUGGGCGAACAGCUCAGAGAUGUCAAUCAGGAGUUGAGGUGAGAUUUUGAGUCGAAAAACAGAUUCCCCGCAUCAGAAUCUACGUAAAAGCAGCCGUUUUUGAACUUUUGAGCGUCAUUUCUAGUCGAAAUUUGACUUCAUUGAGUGUUAGGUUAUCACGGCAAAAUAUCCUAUUCUGAGUCCAAAAGUGAUGAUUUCUCUAAAAAACUAGGAAAUUCCAGCUAAAAUUUAAAAUUAUUUACAGAAAAGAGCUCGGCGAACUCGAGUCGAACAUUGAAAAGGCGUCGGCAAUGUCUCCGCACCAUAUUGGCGAUCAACUGGCCACGCUCGACUCGCUCAAAUCUCGAUUUGGAGGAGUCGACAAGGCACUGGAGAAGCUGAAAACGAUUGUGGAGGCGACGGAAGAUCUGGAGGUGGACGCGACGAACCGGGCACAGAUCCGCGAGCAGCUUGAGGGCACGCAGAAGAAAGCGGACGAGCUGGAGCGGAAGAUCGAGCAGGUGAAGAAGGCGGCGUUGACGGCGCAGAACGAGGGAAUCGAGCUGGAGAAGCGUCUCGACGAUCUGCUCGGAAUCGUCAAUUCGGCCGAGAACGAGCUGGAGCAGUCGGCGCCGAUCGCGGCGGACUCUGGAAAACUGGCGGACGAGCUGAAACGGGCCGACGAGCUCUAUCAGAAGGUGUUCGACAACGACGGAGAUGUCUCGCUUUUGAGGGGAAAAGUGGCGGAGGAGUUGAAAAAGAAGCCGGACGCGGAGAUGAAGAAGAAGCUCGAGACGCUCGUCGCCAAGUGGCCGAAGACGUUGGCAGCCGCCAGAGAUCGCAAAGAUUUGAUCGGGAAGGCGGGAGAGCUUGUGCGACAGUUCCAGGAGGAUGAGAAUGCGCUCGAGCAGAGGCUGGCCGGAGAUCGCGCGGAACUCGAGUCUCUUCUCGACUCGGAGAAGGAUCCGAACGCGCCGAACAGUACGGAAGUGUGCGAGGGCCUCAAACUGGUCGAGGCGACGAUGGCGAGACGGUUGGACGACGUGGACGCACUCAAUGCGCUCAUGAAUCGGAUCGAGUCGGCGGCGCCGGGUCCCGAUGCGAAUCGGCUCAGGAGACGGGCGGACAAGCUGGCGGACGACUGCAAGGGAAUGGCGAAGAAGGCGAGGACGGCGGCGGCGCAGGCACAGAGAAAACACGACUUCCUCGCGAAAUUUGAGAGAUUGGUCGCGGAAGUGGAGCAGUUUGCCGGAACGCAGAAGGACAAGAUUGAGGAAGCGGUCGAGAAGGAACAGAUGAACAGCGAACGAGUGCAGUCGAGUAAGCACCGACUUUUCAGGGGAAAAAUCCGGAAGAAAACAAUGUUUUUUUGCAGAAAUCAACGAAAUCGACGACUUUUGGUCGCUGAAAAGCCGCGAACUGAAGAGCGUCGGCGACGAGAUCCGCAAGGACGGAUCGCCGGAAGACGGAAAGAACGUCGACGAGAAGAUCUCGGCGCUCCAGAAGGCCAUCGACGAACUGCUCUCCAUACUGGCCGGACAGAACGUGCGACUCGGCGAGAAAAAGGAGGCGGCCGACAGGAUUCAGGCGGAAAGUCAGAAGGCGGGCAACAAGAUCAGCUCGCUGAACGCUGAAAUCGCGGAUUUGGAUCCGAUCGGACGAUCGUUCGAAGAGCUGAAACGUCAGAAAGAGGAAGUCUCGCAGCUCGGCGAGCAGUUGGACGGAGCACAAACGAAGCUGAUCGAGCUGGGCGCCGAGUGGGAAGCCGCACUGGCCGUCGGAAUCGUCGGACAGCCCGCGUUUGAGACGAAUCGAGCGGCGGUGGACGAUUUGAAUAAGGUGAGCUUGAUCGUUGUGUAGUUUCUGAACGCUUUCCGAAAAAUGAAAUAGUUGUCCAAAUUCGCGAGAUCAUUUCCGUUAGUUUGAGCUAAAAUUGAGGUGUGUACCGUUUUUUGAAGAUUGAGAUUUGAGAACGGAUCUUCCCGUUCUUUUUGAGCGCUUUUCCAAGCCAGUGGAACUUUGAUACUGAUCGAAAUUGACCUGCAAACCGCUAUCAUCCAUUUUUCGUGUGUCAUUUGAUAUCAGUAUACCAAUUUUCGUGUUUCAAGUGGUUUCUCUGCCCGUGACAAGUAAAUAGACACGCGAAUUUGUAAGAUUUCGACUUUGGCGGGGACUAGAGUUCACAGCCGUUUGCAUUCCUUGGUAACUGGAUAUCUUUUUGGAUAAAGUCAGGUUCUCUCUCUCUCUCUCUCGUUUUUUCGUUUCCUGAAAGCUCAAAACUUCAAAGAAUGAUUCCGCGAAAGUCGAAUAGAAUUGCGAUAAAAUUGGGCGAGACAAUGUUCGCCGUCCCAAUUUUUAUGAUGAUGUGUAAGAUCACUAAUUUCGUGAGAUCAAAAGCAGUUAGUUUGCGAUUUGUUGUUGUGCGAACUGACGACAACAAGUUGAGAAAGAGAGAGAGAGAGAGAGAGUGUAAUGGGGAGAGAGAGAGAGAGAGAGACAAUCAGCUGUUGGGCGGAGGAAAGUCUGAUGGAUGGAUGGGUGGGAAAUGUGGGAAGACAAUGGAAAAGUUCAAUAUUCCUUCCCUUCGCCCAUGAAUGAACACCGUCACCCUCUAUGGUAUUGAUGAGGCGCUCAACACGGUGCCCGUCGUCUUGCUGCCCAUUUUUUAUUGUGAGGUACUGUACUGAUCGUUCACCGGAAAAUUUGGCUAGAAAAAGGGCUGAAAACACUAAAUGAAACCAAGAAUUUAUAAAAAUAUUCAAAUGUUUGCAGUUGGCCGCCCGUGCUGGAAAACGCCUUGCUCAACGCGAAAAAAAGCUCGACGAGACUGCGGAUGAGAUCCAGAAACUGCAUUCGGACGCCGACGAUAUCGCGAAUGCGCUCAAAUCGGUGGCAUCCAGCGACGCGCUCAACACCGCCAAUCAACAGGAUGCGAAGCAAGUGGCCGAGAAGGUGAAGCAGCUGAAAGAGCAACUGAAGCCGAUCGGCGAGCAGAUGGACGCGUUCAGCACCGACUGCAAACUCAUGAUCAAAUCGGCGGGCCCGGGAGCGGACACGAAAGAACUCGACGCGCUUCUGAAGCGAGUCGGCGACGCGUGGUCCGACGUCGUCGGAAAAGUGUCGGACAAGGAGAUGACGGUCGACGCGGCGGUUCAGCAGCAGGGACGCGUCGACGACGCCUACCGCGCACUCCUCAAUUGGCUCGAAGAGACGGAGGAGAUGAUGGAGAACCAGAAGAAGCCGUCGGCGGACGCGAAAGUCGCCAAAGCACAGCUCCACGCCUACGAGGUACUCAUGAAGCACGUCGAGGACAAGAAAGCGAGCGUCGACGGAUUUGCGGCGAUGAUCGAAAAGAUGGUCGAGGCGGCUGGAAGCGACGAGGAGAAAAAGGCGUUGCGCAACAAGAAUCAGCAGAUCGAGCAGAGGUACAAGCAGCUUCUCGGAGCGGCGGUCGACAGGCAACGACGGCUCCUUGACGCAGUCGAUUUGGCCGAACGUCUUCAGGAAGUGGUCAUUCCGCUCGAGCACUGGCUUCUCGGCGCCGAGAAACGACUUCAGGCGCUGGCGAAAGUUCCGAUCACGGUGGAGCGGGCGGAAGUGAUGCUCGGCGAGCAGGAACAACUGCAGGAUGAGCUCGAGCACAAGAGCGAUGAGCUCAAGGAUGUGUUGGAGAUUGCGCCGCACCUAUCGUCACUGGUCUCGGUCGAAGAUGCGAAUGUGAUCAGCGGACAAGUGCAGCAGCUGGAGAAUCGGGCGAGAGCCCUCGACGCUGGAAUUGUGAACAUUCGGCCGAUGCUCGAAGAUCUUCUCCAGCAGAUUCAGGACUUUACGCUCGACGAGGAGGACAUGAACAAGUUCGUGGCGGAGACGGAGGUGAAGCUUUUGGAGCUGGAGGAGCUGCCGAUCGAGCCGGACGAUCUCAUCGAACAGACGAACAUUCUCGCCGAGAUCGCCGUUCAAAUAUCGGAUCGCGACGAGAUGAUGGCCAACAUUUUCGAGGUCGGAAAGCAGUUGGCGAUCCAAGGAGAGCCCGAAGAGUCACUGCACGCGCAGAAGAAGCUUGACGAUCUCAAGUUCCGCUACUCGGAUCUGAUGGCGUCGGCCGACGACAAAAUCGCGCUGCUUGCCAAGGCGAUCCCGUUGUCGGCGCGCUUCCACGAAGGAUUUGAUGAUGUGAUGGAGAUGCUCGAGGCGCAGGAUCGCGACCUGCAGACGAUCGACGAGGAGGAUCCGGAGACGCAGGCGGAGCUCGUCUACCUGCUCGAAGAGGAUCUCGCCACGAAAAUCCGUCCGAACGUCGACGAUCUGACGGUGCUCUCCACGCAACUGCAAGCGCUGUGCUCGGCCGACAAAGCCGACGAGCUGCACCAGAAUACGGUGGCGAUGAAUCGGCUCGCGAAUUCGGUCGCCGAUCGAGUCGCCCGACGAGCCGAGCGAAUCGAGAUGGCCAACAAACAAUCGAGGGCGGUUCUCGACGAUCUUCAAUAUCUCGUCGAAUGGUUCACCGCCGCACGACAGCGAAUUCUCGUCACGGCGCCGCCAUCGCUCGACGUCGAGUGGCUCAAAUCGCAGCUGAAACAGCAGAAGAUCAUGAACGAGGAGGUCAAUGCGAACAAGAUCCAAUUCCGGAAUGUGGCUGGAGAGGCGCGGAAAGUCGGACGGCAGUUGGGAAUGGAAGGAACUGAUGCGAACGACAAGAUUGCCGAUAUUGUGGACGAGGGAAAGGAGGUGGUCGAGGAGGUGACGAGUCUUUGCGCCGACCGAACGGAGACCCUCGAGCGGGGACUCGCACUUAUGGAGCAGCUGACCGCCCAAUUCGAUGAUCUCAACCGAUGGCUCGAUCAAAUGGACGCCGAACUGCAAGGAUCGGCGACAGUGACGACGGCGACGCCAGCCUCGGAGCUCCGCGAAAUGCACGAUCACAACGAGGAACUCGCGCGGAUGGUGGCCGCCUAUCGGCCGAUCAUCGAGGGAUUCAAGACGGACGUGGCGGCGCUCGAGGAGAUUUUGGCAGAAGAUCAGGCGCCACUUCUCGACGCCGUCGCCACCGACCUCGUCACCGGAUAUGAAGACGUGCGCGAGGCGGUGCGUGCUCGCGGCCAGGCCAUCGGCAACAUGAUGGACACGACGAUCGGAUUUGGCGAACGACUCGAGACGCUCGUCGCGAAUCUGCAAGGCGCUGCCGAUCGGCUCAAAGAGAAUGAGGGAAUUUCGGCGGAUCCGGCGGUGCUUGAAGGACGCCUCGCCGAGAAUCGAUCGAUUGUCGAGAGUCUCCGCGACAAGCAGAACGCCUACGACGCACUGAAACAGACGGCGAACGAGCUGCUCGCGAGUGCUCCGGAAGGUGACGCCGCCGCCGGAGACGUUGAGAACAAGUUGAAUCGGCUCGACCGUCUGUGGAGAGAAAUCGAACGAGAGGCUGUGGAUCGAGGAGGCGUGCUGGAGGAUGUGCUCGAGAAGGCGAAACACUUUUGGAGCGAACUCGACACGUGUCAGAAGGCAGUCGACGAUCUGCGCACACGAUUGGAGCUCGUCGAGCCCGCCACCGGACACCCCGAACAAUUGGCCGAUCAGCAGCAGAUGAUGGCCCAGGUCGCUGAUGAAAUGGAACGAACGCGGCCGAGAAUCGAGGCGCUCAGCCUCGCCGGACAACAAUUGGCCGUUUAUGUGCCCGAAGACGAGAAGGCUGUCAUCGAGAGUCAGGUGGCCAAUGUGCACGGAGGAUUCUCGACGAUCACCGCACUGUUUGCCGAGAAGAAGCGUGAUUUGAUUGCAGCGAUGGAGGAGGCGAUGGCGUUCCAUGGAGACCUCCGAGCCCUGCUCGAAUGGCUCGACACGGCGGAGCACCACUUGCAGAAGAUGCCGGCGGUGGAGACGGCGAAGCAGAAGAACGAUGUGGAGGCGCUGAUCAACGAGCUGCACCGAUUCAAGGACGAGGUGGACGAGCGUGGAGUCGGCAAGGAGCAGGUGGUCGCCACGGCGCUCCAACUCGCCGCCGACGCUCCGCCUCAUUUGGCGGCGACGGUCAGACAACCAGUCGCAGAGCUGAAUGGUCGAUGGACCCGAUUGUACGCGGCACUGGCGGAGCGAGAGCACAAACUCGAAAGCUCGCUGCUCCAUAUGGGCAAACUGGAGGACAUGAUCGAGCAACUGCUCGCGUGGAUGGACAAGACGAAGGCGACGCUCGUGGAAAUCGCGCCGCCUAAAUCGGCGGUCAACUUGCGCGACAUUGAAAUCGCGCAGUGCAAACUGGCAGUGGUCAGCAACGACGUUCAUUCGCAUCAGCACUCGGUCGACACGGUGAACAGAGCGGCGGCGAAGUACGCGAGAGAAUCGGGAGCACUGGACGCGGAAACGUCGGCGAAACUCGGAGAGAUGAACUCGAAGUGGGAGGAGAUUCAACGGAUGCUUCGCGCCCUGGCGGCCAACAUGGAAAUUGCGAAGAAGGAGGCGGAGAACGUGGGCGGCGAGGUGGACAAGUGGCAGCGAUGGCUCGAGGAGACGGAGGCGCAGCUGAUGAGCACGAAGCCGACGGGCGGUCUGCCCGAGACUGCGGAGUUCCAGCUCGACGAGUUCCGAGCGCUCAAAGCGGACGUCGAAGCGAAAGCGGCACAGCUGGAAGCUCAUCUGGCCGCCAGCGAGGCGUAUUUGCGAGAGGAGAAGCCGAACGACACCAGCUCGUGGCUCGCGAAGACGCACGGAACGAUGAAGAGCAAGUGGGGAAAGGUGAAGGAGCUGCUCGUGGACAGGGAGAAGAAGCUGCAGUUGGCGUACGAGCAGGCGGUCGCACUCGAGACGGCGUUGAACGAGAUGGAGCACUGGAUAGUCGGUAAGUGAGAACAAAAUUCAAUGAUUUUAAUUUUUUCCCCUAAAAAAUGACAUGAAAUUGACUAAAAUGGACUAACAACGAGCUUUAUGGAAAUUUUUUGUUUAAUUUUAGUUCAAAUCGCUCUUUUUUCUUUGAAAAUGAACAGAAGUAACCAUUUUACAAAAAACGGGGAUUUCACUAAACUUUUUGCAUUUGCAGACGCGGAACGCAAACUCACCGACCUUCCACCCAUCUCCCGUCUUCCGGACGUCAUCGACAAGCAACUCGCCGAGCACGAAUCGUUUGUGGACGAGGUGGGCGGUCGCAAGACGGCGAUGACUCAACAUCAGGCCGCCGGAGUUCGAAUGCAAUAUUAUUGCGAGAAGAAGGACGCGAUUCCCAUCAAAAACCGUCUCGUUUCCCUAAAACAUCGGGUCGAGCGCAUAUUCACGCGAACGAACGAACGGGCGAAGCAGUUGGCGGCGACGCGCGACGAAGUGGCCACGUGGCAAGACGGACUGCACGAGCUGGAGCAAUUUGUGACGGACGUGCUCGAGCGAAUCGCGCCGGAGCCCGGAACGACAAGCUCGCUGGAGAAGCUGAAGGCAAAGUUGGAGGAGGUGAAAGAGGCGCAGAAAGAGGUGACGGGCAAGCAGACGCUGUUCGACGUGACCCGAAAGAGAGGAAUCGGACUGGCGGAACGGGCGACCCGCGCCGAGUACAAACCGAUUGCGAUGAGCAACGAGAAGAUGAGCAAACGGUGGAACGAGAUGAUCAAGAAGCUGAGGGAUCGACUGAGAGAAGCCGAGCAAGCGGUCCUGGAAGGCGGAGCAUUCGAGGAGUCGAUGAACGAGCUAGAAGGAUGGGUGGACGAGGAGCUGGAGCGAUAUGCGCGCGAGGAGCAGGCGAAGGUGUUCGGAGACAUCGAAGUGGUCCGAUCGCUGAUCGACGAGGAAGCACGACGGGCGGCCGAGCGGAAGACAAAAGAGAACGGAGUGAAGACGGUGGUGAAGAAGGCCGAUGCCCUGCUGGCUUCGGGGGUGGAUGAGAGUGAUUCGAUCACGCAGGCAAAGGAACGGCUCGUCGAGAAGUGGGAGAAGGUGGAAGAAGCCGCGCGGGUGAGAGGAGACAGCAUCAAGGAGGCGGAGAAGGCCGCCGAGCAGUUUGACGCCAAAACUCACGCCCUUCUCGAUUGGCUCGCAGUGGAAGAGCAGAAGCUGAAAGCGCCGGCGCCGAACGUGAAGGCCGCUCUCGGAGACGUGGAGCAGGUGAAGAAGGAGAUGGCGGACGCGGAGAAGAAGUACGAGGAGUGUCUCGCGAAGGGCGCCGAGAUUUUGGAGAAGUGCAAGCCGGAAGCGGAGCCGACACUUCGCAACUGGAUGCGAGUCGUCGAGGCGCGGUGGAAAGAGGUGACGGAGAAGGUCGACGAGCGAGAAUUCGCACUGCUCGAGGAGGAGCAGAAGGCCAAGGAGCGCGACGAGCAAAUCGAGAAGCUCGCCAAAUUUGCGGCGGAAAAGCGGGAAGAGCUGAAUCGGAUGAUCGACAGACCGCCGGCGCAGGACCUCGACACGAUGGAGACGAAUCUUCGCGAGUUCGCCGAACUCGAUUUCGAGCUUCGCGAGCAGCAGCCAGAAGUGGACGCCGCGUGCAAAGCGUCAAAGAAGGGAGGCGUCCGAAAUGCGGCCGCCGAAAUGCUGUCGACCGAAUGGAAGAAGCUGUGGCUCGACGCGAUGGGACUGCAGUCGUCGUUGGACACCCAAAAGGCCCUUCUGGAGGAGAUGAAGCGGUUGGAAGGAUGGCGAUGGGAGGAUUGGAAAGAGCGGUACGUCGAGUGGAACGACCACGCGAAGGCCAGAGUCACCGACCUCUUCCGACGCAUCGACCGGUCGCAGAACGGAAAUGUGCCCCGACAGGUGUUCAUCGAUGGAAUCAUUGGAUCCAGUGAGUCGCCUUUUUUCUAAUGGUUUUUCCCCUUGGGUUACGGUACUUCUACGGGCGCCCCGCUUCUCUUCCCCUCACUAUUUUUUGCAUUCUUCUAUAGAUUACGUUCCAAACUCGACGAUCACCUAUUCCAGUAAGUUUUUCCUGCUCAAAGAAUGCGUUUUUUGAUCCAAAAAGGAACGAAUGUGUUGUGGAAUGGAUGGUUUUGUCUCUCUUCUUCUUCUUCUUCUUCUUCUCUCUCUCUCUCUCUCUCUCUCUCUCUCUCUCUCUCUCUCUCUAUCUAUCUUUUCCUACUUUUCCGAUGGAAUUUCUUCCAAAAACUAGCGGUCGAUGAGUGGUUUGAGCACGUUUUCUAUGGUGUUUUCCCUUUUUUCUUCUACCCUAAGUUUCCAAACUUGAGUUGUUCAAUAAAAAAGACGAUUUCUGACCCAACACCUGUUUAGAAUUCCCAACGUCUCGAUUGGAAAUGGAAAAAGUGGCGGAUCGAUUCGACAAGGGCGACGGAAUGAUCAACUCGAAAGAAUUCAUCAACGCGUGCCGAUUCGACAGUGCUAACGUGAGAAAAACUUUGAAAAUGCAGUCGCGCUCUAAUGAGAAUGUAUUUUCAGAGAAACGCGAAACCGCAGACGGACACGGAGAAGAUCACGCACGAGAUAGAACGGCAGAAGAAGACGUGCAGUUGCUGUCAACCGUACCAGAUUGAGAAGAUCUCCGACAAUCACUACAGGGUACUGUAGAAUGGGCAAAAUACUGGAGAGAAAUCUUCUUUUCAGUUUUUUUUAAACUUGAAAUCGAAUUAUUUGUACCCUUACCGUAUCCGUUUUGCAGUUUGGCGACACGCACAUCAAACGAAUGGUGCGAAUCCUCCGAUCGACGGUGAUGGUGCGCGUGGGCGGUGGCUGGGAGUCGCUCGACGAAUUCCUGCACAAGCACGAUCCGUGCCGAGCAAAAGGACGACUCAACAUCAACAUGUUCCCCGAAUCGAAGCCCACGCACGCGCUCGAUUCGAUGCGCGCCUUCACGAAGAACCGGCACGCGAAGGAGCCGGUCAGCGGAACGCCCGGGCCGAUCAUGAAGAUCCGCGAGAAGACGGAACGGAGUGUGCCGAUGAGCGGAGGACUCGGAGGCACCGCCGGCUAUACGGUAACUUCACACGAACACCAUCAUCACGCGAGCCGCCCGUCCCGAAUCCCGCGUGCACCGUCGGAUUUGAGCGCCGGACACUUGAGCCGCGUCGGAUCGGUCUCGAACUCGCGCAACUCGCUCAUGGACUCGACGACGGCGCCUUCUAGGCCCGAAUCCCGGGCUUCCUCGGACGCCGGAGACCGACAGACGCGAAUCCCGUCGUUGAGAGGCAGGAAGGGUGUGAGGUGAGCAUAGUUAUGACGAAAUUGAAAGGCUUUAGCGUGUUUGCUCGAAAUUUGAACUGAGAUGGCUUUUUUAGGCAUGCCAACUCGAUUUUGCCGAAUUUUAGUUUCGACUUUUCCUUGAAUUUCGGCUCAAUCCCCCAAUUUUUGCUUAACUUGCAAAUGUUUCAGAUACAACCCAUCAUCGAAAUAA